AUGGCGGAGGUCCAUCUCCACCCGGGAGACAAUGUCGAAUCCCUCUUGGAAGAUCUCUGUGCGGCAGAAGAGGAAGACCAGGCUGUCAAGUUGACCCUCUAUAAUUUGGAUGUUGGAGCCACUUUGGCGGCCCAAAUAUUAGCCUUUGUGCGAACCAGGCUCCAUUCCAUUCGACGGCGACAUUCAACACCCAAGGUUUUCACUCUGGAGAUUUUGGGUUGCACGGGAUGUGUGGAUCGGAUUGUGGAGAUCUUUGCCAAUGGACUCUAUGAUUCUAAAACAACAGGCAGCGAUGCUACCUCUCGAGUAGAAAUAGUGGAACGUGAACUGAUUCUGCAGCACUCCAAUCCCAACCAUUUUGAUGCUGCCGUGUUUGUAGCGCUGGGCAUGGCAUUGGAUUGCCGAGCUACUCGUACUGCUCAUCAGGAGUCUUGCCGCCCACCACUGAGAGAUUUGGUCCGUCUGCGAUUGUACCAACCCGUCUUGUCCGAAGGAAAGCUGUGGACAUUGGCACAAGGAAUUCAGCACUCGCAACACUUGACCGAAUUGGACUUGAGUUCCUGCCGGUUCACACCCAUGCACAUUAACCGAGCCACACAGUACUUGGCAGAUGGAUUACACAGAAAUCAAUGCCUCAAACAUCUCAAGUUGGACGACUGCAAUCUCGUCGAUGACCAGAUUGUGUGUUUCUUGGAGGCACUACAAAACACAAGCAGCAAGAUUGAAACACUCAGUCUCGCCAAGAAUAAAUAA